ACGCAGUUUGACGUCAUCGUGGGAGUGUCGACCAUCGGGAGAAAUGAACGGUCAUCAACACAGUCCUCUGAGCGCCCGUAAUGUGAUUUUUCUAAAAUUCUAUCGACAAAGCGGACUAAAGUUUGACUGCAGCUUGGUUUGGAAAAGUUAUCCGGAGAAAGCGGGGCUGGAUAUGGGCUCGAAUUUUUAGGAUAUUUUUUCAUGUUUUCAUGUUUACUCACAGAUGUGCCGCAAAUGACCACAUCAGAAGCUGUUCCUGAGUUGUGAGUCAGAAGAGAAGAGACCGGGCUGAUGACAAGCAUGACAUUGAGCCAAGCCACAGAUGCAUGCCCACUCAAAAGGCCCAACUGAGCGCCGUCCCCUCUGCUUCCUGGCUUUCCCCCAGCCUCUCAGAGGGGGGUGUCGACGGGGCGUAGCUAGGCUCCUACAUCCCCCGAGCAGAACCUCACUUUGAAACUGGAGGUCUCUGAUGGAUCAGGGUAGUAGCGAGCAGAGUCCAGAGGAGCCGGACGCAGGAGGCCGUGCGGAGUCGGAGGUCGGCAGGAGGGCAUCGGAGUCAGAGCAUGGCUUGUCCAAAAUCACCCACAAUGCCCUGGAGAACAUGGGAGCGUUGGGCCAUGGCCUGAAGCAGUUCUUCCAGCCACAGCGCCGACGCUCCUCCGUUUCCCCACAUGACUCCGCCUUGUCCUGCACGAGCGCCCCUCCCUCCGAACCCACCGAUGUAGGGUCAGACGUGGGGGACGCUCCCGCCUCCUCGGCCCUGCCUGUGGAUCCUGACAACCCUGCCGCUUCCGCCCCUCCCGCAGCUCUGAGCCGUGUUCUGCAGCAGAUCCGAGGUCCGCCCAUGAUGAAGCGAGGCACCAGCCUGCAGAGCCGCCGCAGCAAGACGGGGCACCCCGGGGAUCCUCCCCAAAAAGGAAGCCCACAGAUCCACAGGCGGAGCACUCACGAGGCUCUGCUGCAGGCUGGACGCCCACGCUCGUCCUCUACCACAGAUACACCCACCAGUCCGGCCCUGGUGGACAUGCUGCUGACCUCUGGGUACCACUCCACCGAGGAGCCAGACAAGCUGGAACGGUACGAUGGAUCAGGCCCUGCUGUGUCCCCCAGUACCCUCCCCUAUGGCGCUGAAGGGUACGACGUGGUCGACAAUACCCCAGACCCGCAUCGCACCAAGCAGGCCAUCGCACAGUUGCAGCAGAAGAUCCUGAAGCUCACGGAACAAAUCAAGAUCGAACAAACUGCUCGGGAUGACAACGUGGCCGAAUACCUGAAACUUGCCAACAACGCAGACAAACAACAGAGCGCACGCAUCAAACAGGUGUUUGAGAAGAAGAACCAAAAAUCAGCUCAGACUAUCCAGCAGCUGCAGAGGAAGCUCGAGCACUACCACCGGAAACUUCGUGAGGUGGAGCACAACGGUAUCCCUCGCCAGCCCAAAGAUGUUUUAAGAGACAUGCACCAGGGGCUAAAAGAUGUUGGAGCUAAGGUGACGGGAGGCCUGUCCAGCAUCUCUCAAGCCACUCAUUCUGCAGCUGGAGCUGUGGUAUCCAAGCCAAGAGAGAUAGCUUCCCUCAUCCGCAACAAGUUUGGGAGCGCUGACAACAUCGCAGCGCUGAAAGACUCUUUGGAGGAAGUGCAGGGAGAUGAAGGUGUCGGUCCAGGGGGGUCUAGGCUCCUUGUGACGGGGCAUUUACAAUCCAGCCCCAAGUAUGGUAGUGAAGAUGAUUGUUCUAGUGCUACGUCUGGUUCUGCUGGAGCCAACAGCACCCCUGGAGCUCCUGGAGCUCCCGGAGGCCCCCCUAGCUCCAGGGGCAAUACUCUUGAUCCCCAAGCCUCAAGCUUUGAUGCCAUACUUCAUGAGAUCCAAGAACUCCGGGAAAACCAAGGUCGACUGGAGGAGUCCUUUUUAAAUUUAAAAACCCACUAUCAGAGGGACUACACCAUGAACAUGGAGGCCCUGCAGGAGGAGCGAUACAGGUGUGAGCGUUUGGAGGAACAACUCAAUGACUUGACAGAGCUGCACCAGAAUGAAAUUCUGAACCUGAAACAGGAGCUAGCCAGCAUGGAGGAGAAGAUUGCCUACCAGUCCUAUGAAAGAGCAAGAGACAUCCAGGAGGCGCUGGAGGCCUGUCAGACACGCAUCUCCAAGAUGGAGCUGCAGCAGCAGCAGCAGCAGGUGGUGCAGCUGGAGGGGCUGGAGAACGCCACGGCGAGGACUCUCCUGGGAAAAUUAAUCAACGUGCUGCUAGCUGUCAUGGCCGUCCUUUUGGUGUUUGUGUCCACGGUGGCCAACUGCGUCGUCCCCUUGAUGAAAACCCGCAGCCGCACACUUUCUACGUUACUCCUCGUAAUCCUGCUCGCGUUCCUGUGGAGGCACUGGGAUGCCAUUUCAGAGUAUCUGCAUCGCUUUCUGCUGCACCCCAGAUGACUGACUAUGAAAGAGAAAUUAAAACAGCGAAGGGACGUCGGGCUUUGAGACUGAAACAUGAAGGGAGGACCUAUAUAGGAAGUCGAGUCUUAAUUGUCACGUCUUUUAAAUAUACUUCUCUCAAAACACUCAGGAGUAUAUCAGAGGUUUUGUCACUUGACCACUUUCUGAAGUGUGAUUUGAGAAGAAUGAAACAAAGAAGAAAAAGGUUGACGAAGACUUUCUAUGGUGGCACAAGCACACGCUGUAAGGGUGAAUGAAGCGUAGUUGAAGGAGGAGCUGAGAGAACCGCACACUUGAUUUCUCUCUUGAGUGAAUUUGUUUACACAAGAAAAACUUUGAUUUGUUUUUCACUUGGGUCUUACUUUGAAUUGGUAUUGUUUUGAAGUCACUUCUACUUUUUAAUACAGCUAUUAUUUACAUUUGGUUUGUAACCGCAACAAGAUGACAGUGUUCUGCGGCUUUAGUGUCAAGUUUUUAUUUGUAAGCUUUUUUGUGUGUGUGUGUGUGUGUGUGCUCUUGUAAUUUUGGGUUUUCAACUUACUUCUGUUUUAUUUUUUUUAAUCUCUUUAAAAUUUCAGCUUUUGUUACCACAUCCUCCUCUUCCAGCUAACUUCACACCGAAGGUCAGGGUGCCUGCAAAAUCAGCUACAUUGCUUUUGAUAUCAGAUUUGUCACUGGAUCAAAAUGUUAUGGGUUCUUGAAUUGCUUCUUUUGGAUGUGUGAAGUCAAAUACACUGAUUCUGACACAUCCUGAACACUAUCAGAGACUUUGUGUUUGAGUUGUGACUGCGAUGCUACUUUCCUGGGGAUGUUUUCACAGCAGAAGAAUAAUCGACAAACUCAAUUAACAUACUUGAAGAGCGGCUGAAUUGCUCAAAGACUUAGUGCUUCCGUACUGUUUCUAUUAGUGAAGAUGAAAUAGUUAUACAUUUUAGUUGGUUUUUAUUUUUAUUUUUUAAAAACGAAUAAAUUUGCUGUUUUAAAAGGUGA